AUGGCACUGACAGCCAAGCCUACAGGAACUCCUGUUGAUGUUUAUGUUAAACUAACAUCAAGACAAUUUGAUGAUCACAUGAAAGUCAAAGAAGCCAUUGAAGAUCCUCUAGUAGAUCAUAAAGCAUAUCAAAAGUUAAUUGGAAAACUCUUGUAUCUUAACAUGACAAGACCAGACAUAACUUUCAGUACUCAAAGCUUAAGUCAGUUUCUUCAGCAACCAAAGAAGUCUCAUAUAAAUGCUGCAUUAAGAGUAGUUAGAUACUUGAAAAAAGAACCUGGACAAGGAUUGUUAUUUUCUAGUUCAUCUAAUGAAGAAAUUGAUGCAUUCUGUGAUGCAGACUGGGGUUCCUGUGCUAUUACCAAGAGAUCUGUAUCAGGAUAUAUAGAUAAAUGA